AUGACCACUAUCAUUGUUAGCACAUUUAAUUCAGUGAAGAAUUCUCCUCUGAAAUUACAAAUGGACUCUCCUUUCAGUAUGGUGACAAAGUUCUAUCAGCACGUCCUGGCCUUGGCAUUUGCUGUGAAAGAGAUAAAUGAGAAUCCCAGGAUCCUGCCGAAUGUCACACUCGGGUUCCAUAUCUACGACAGCUACAACAAUGCAAAGAUGACCUACCAAAGCACUCUUGAACUCCUUUUCAAAUCCUGUAAGUUUGUCCCCAACUACAAAUGUGACAACAACAAAAAUCUCAUAAGCAUCAUUGGUGGAUUUGGCUCUGAUACCUCUUUCCAAAUGGCUGAGAUCAUAGGACACUACAAGAUUCCACAGCUCAUCUAUGGCUCAUUUCCUCCAGAGAAAAGUCUCACAAGUCUAACCCGUUCUUUUUACUGCAUGGUUCCCAACUCAGCUCUUCAGUACACAGGGAUUAUCAGACUGCUUAAACAUUUUGGAUGGACGUGGGUUGGGCUCUUUGCAGACGAUGGAAACAGUGGAGAAUCUUUCUUGUAUGACAUAGAAAUCUUGCUUAGACAGAAUGGAAUUUGUGCAGCUUUCACAGAGAGAAUCCCAAAAGAACCUCAUUCAGAUAGUAUUGAUGAAAUGUAUGAGACAUACUUGAGAUUGUAUGCACCCUUCACAGAUAAUACAGUCAGCACAUUUAUAAUGUAUGGAGAAUCUUUGGUAAUCGCAUGGCUGAGAACUGUUAUAUUCAUGCGAGAUCCUGCAGAUCAUGGACUUAGAUCAAUUAGAAAAGUGUGGAUUAUGACAUCUGAGAUUGAUUUCAUAUUAUUUGACUUUCAAAGGGGUUGGGACCUUCAACAUUUCGAAGGUGCCAUUUGCUUCACUAUUCACUCAAAUGAUCCUCUGGGAUUCAAGGAAUAUCUACAGAGUAGAAAAGCUUAUUGUUGCGAGAUGGAUGGAUUUCUCAUGGAUUUCUGGGAGAAAGCAUUUGACUGUAAACUCCCAAAAUCCCAUGUCUCAAUAGAAGGCAGAGAAACCUGCACUGGGGAAGAGACUCUGGAGAGGCUUCCUGGACCUCAGUUUGAAAUGAGGAUGACUGCCCACAGCUACAGUAUAUAUAAUGCUGUCUAUGUUGUGGCCCAUGCUCUUCACGUCAUGUACUCAUAUCGAUCCAACUAUAGAUCGAUGAUGAGCAGAGAAAGGUUUGAACUUCCAGAAGUGCAGCCUUGGCAGUUGCCUCCCCUUUCUGUGUGCAAUGAGCACUGCCACCCGGGAUAUCAGAAGAAAAGGAAGGAAGGAGAACAAUUUUGUUGCUAUGAUUGCCUUCCAUGUCCAGAAGGGAAGGUUUCAAACCAGACUGAUAUUGAUGACUGUUUCAGAUGCCCAGAGCGAGAGCAUGCAAGCAAAGACAGAAAUCAUUGCAUCACUAAGACAAUAACCUUUCUAUCUUACCAAGAGCUUUUAGGAAUUAGUUCAGCCGUGAUUGCUGUUUCCUUUUCCCUGAUCUCAGCCUGGGUUUUGGGAACUUUUAUUAAGCACAGAGAUACGCCCAUAGUCAAAGCCAACAACCGGGACCUCACGUACAUGCUGCUCAUCUCCCUCCUGCUCUGCUUCCUCUCUACGUUGCUGUUUCUUGGAAGACCUAACACAGUGACCUGCCUCCUCCGGCAACCAACAUUUGGCCUUGUCUUCUCAAUGGCUGUUUCUUGUGUGUUGGCAAAAACCAUCACCGUGGUUAUAGCUUUCCUGGCUACCAAACCAGGGUCCAACAUGAGGAGGUGGGUGGGGAAAAAACUGAGCAACUCCAUUGUCCUUUCCUGCACUGUUAUCCAAGCAAGUGUCUGCUCUGUAUGGCUGACCACUGGUCCCUCAUUCCCCGAUUUAGACAUGAACUCUGUCGCAGAGGAAAUCAUUGUGCAAUGUAAUGAAGGCUCCGUUGCAAUGUUUUACUGUGUCCUGGGCUACUUGGGCCUCUUGGCUAUUGGCAGCUUCAUUGUGGCAUUCUUAGCCCGCAAAUUACCAGAUACGUUUAAUGAAGCCAAGUUCAUUACCUUCAGCAUGUUGCUCUUUUGCAGUGUUUGGUUGUCCUUUGUUCCAACCUAUCUGAGCACCAAAGGGAAGUAUAUGGUAGUGGUGGAGAUCUUCUCCAUCCUGUCCUCCAGUGCUGGGUUACUGGGCUGCAUCUUUGCCCCGAAAUGCUACAUCAUAAUGCUGAGACCUCAGAUGAAUAGCAGGGAGCAACUCAUAAGGAGAAAGAAUUGA